AAGCUGGUUGCCGGGUGACAUUGAAGUUGAACAGAAAGAAGCACAUGUUAAAGCCGUUGUUACAGUACCGAGGUUGCCUUACACCGCACUUACCACAUUUAAUCCCAAUUGGAAUUAAAUCCGCCAUCAACUCACAAUCAUCAUCGACAUUUCGACAUCGCACAUUCUGCAAAAUGGAUGAUAAAAUUGCACUCGACAAAGCUAAAAAUCUGGCCGCUCAAGCGGCUGUCGAUCAAUGGGUGACCGAGGAGACGAAGGUGGUGGGCAUUGGCAGCGGAUCCACCAUUGUGUUUGCCGUGGAGCGUCUCGCGGAGCGUGUGUGGAAGGAGGGAGCUCUGGCGGACAUGAUUUGUGUGCCAUCGUCGUAUCAAGCACGUAAACUUAUUCUCGAUCAUAAUCUGACGUUGGGUGACUUGGAUCGCAAUCCCAAAAUUGAUGUGUACAUUGAUGGAGCCGACGAGGUGGACAGCCACAUGGUGCUCAUUAAAGGCGGCGGCGGUUGUCUAAUGCAGGAGAAGAUUGUCGCCUCAUGUGCCAAGAAGAUCAUCAUUAUUGCCGACUAUACGAAGAAGUCACUGCGUCUGGGAGAGCAAUGGUGCAACGGCAUUCCCAUUGAGGUGGCGCCCAUGGCCCAUGUGCCGGUCAAGCUGAAGAUUGAGGAGCUCUUUGGAGGUCAGGCUAUGCUGCGCAUUGCCCUCAAGAAGGCUGGACCAAUUGUCACCGACAAUGGCAACUUUUUGCUGGACUGGAAGUUCUUGGCCAAGCGGGAAUACAACUGGGAUGAGGUGAACCGAGCCAUCAGUAUGAUACCGGGUGUCUUGGAGACGGGAUUGUUUGUGGACAUGGCAUCGAAAUGUUACUUUGGCAUGGCCGAUGGAACUGUCAAGGCGCAGAACAAAUAAGUUUCCAUUUACGAGCGUAAUUUCAAAAUGUUCUUAUUAAAAAAUAAAUAACUAUACGAUCGUUGUCCUUUUAAAA